GUUCUAUUGAAGAUAAAUAUUGCUAGCAAACCAUACCUUAGCAAGUGGACUUGGGAACUUUAUUUCAUGUAUUUCAUGGAUGUUAUACCAGACCUGUAACAAUAUUUCCAUUGAUACAGCCAACACUGUAUACUAAUUCUGACCAGUUCAGAAAUAACUUGUAUAUCAGAUAGAUUAUAACAGCUGUGACAUUCCCAUAUGUACUAAUAAUGUUCUGUAUGAAUAGAUGGUGCUAAAAUGUGAUUAUGCUUGUUAUUUAUUUAAAAAGUCAACAAUGGCUUCUCGAGGGGCAUCAGAAACAAGCAAACUCAGACAAAACAUGGACGAACAGCUGGACCGGUUAAUGCAGCAGCUUCAGGAUUUAGAGGAGUGCAGAGAAGAGCUUGAAGAGGAGGAAUAUGAAGAAACCAAAAAAGAGACACUAGAACAGUUGAGCGAGUUCAACGAGACUUUGAAGAAGUUGAUAUCUGGGAAUAUGACACUAGUUGAUGAACUCGGGGGAAUGCAACUGGCGAUCCAAGCUGCCAUCAGUCAGGCAUUCAAGACACCUGAAGUCAUUCGGCUGUUUGCAAAAAAGCAGCCAGGGCAAUUGAGGACAAGACUAGCUGAGGUGAUUUUUUUUUAA